AAAACCCCCGACGCCGCUCAGCUGGGGCCCGUUCUCUUCUUCCACUCCUUUCAUUUCUAACAUCAGCAGCUUCAGAGGGCGAAGGUUUGCUUAACCUACGCCUUCCUUCGUUUAAUAUACGCACCCUUUCUCUCCCUGUACGCCUAUAAAACCUGACCCACUUGAAAAAAGCUGUCAUUUCUUCUCUCUCAUCCUCGGGUUUUCUCUCCAUUUUGGAAUCUGAGAGAUGGUGUCGCCCGUCGGCCACGCUCCUCCUCCACCGUUCGUCGUGGGCGCCGCUCCUCCUCCGUCCGACGCGAAGGGUGGAGAGAGCAGAACGGAGGAGAAGGUGGACUGGUUGAAUCUUCCAUGCCCCGUUCCGUUUGAAGAAAUCCAACGAGAAGCUCUCAUGUCUUUGAAGCCUGAGCUAUUCGAGGGUAUGCGCUUUGAUUUUACGAAAGGACUAAGCCCAAAAUUCUCACUCAGCCACAGUUUGUUCAUGGGAUCAGCGGCUAUUCCUUCUCAAUCGGCAGAACCCAUCAAAGUUCCAACUGCACAUUAUGAAUUUGGGGCUAAUUUUCUUGACCCAAAGAUGAUGCUCGUUGGGAGGAUACUGACUGACGGGAGGCUUACUGCAAGAGUCAAAUGCGAUUUGACUGAUAACCUUACUUUGAAGAUCAAUGCUCAGAUUCAAAAUGAGCCACAUUUCUCACAGGGAACGUUCAACUUUGAUUACAAGGGUAAAGAUUUCAGAUCUCAGUUCCAAAUGGGGAAUGGUGCCUUCUACAAUGUCAAUUACAUCCAGAGUGUUUCACCACAUUUAUCUUUGGGAACUGAAGUGUUUUGGCUUGGUCAUCAAAGAAAAUCUGGUAUUGGUCUCGCUGCUCGAUACAACACAGAUAAGAUGGUUGCAGCAGGGCAAGUUGCCAGCACUGGGAUAGUUGCUUUGAGCUAUGUGCAAAAGGUAUCCGAGAAGGUUUCUCUCGCAUCAGAUUUCUUAUACAAUCCAAUGACAAGAGAUGCAACUGCAAGUGUUGGUUAUGAUUACAUGCUUCGACAGGUAUUUUUGCUGUGUGUUAUUUGCAUGUCAAGGUUAAACAUCUCGAGUUUUGAUCCUUCAUUUUGUUGUGGAAUGGAACUUUUAUGGUGGGUUGCUUGUACAUACCUUGUGUAUCAUAUGCAGAGUCGUCUUAGGGGGAAGUUGGAUUCCAAUGGGUGUGUUGGUGCCCUUCUGGAAGAGCGGUUAAAUAUGGGUGUCAAUUUUCUUCUUUCUGCAGAGAUUGAUCACAAAAAGAAAGACUACAAAUUCGGCUUUGGCAUGACAAUUGGAGAGUAGAGGAAGCUUCUCCCAUCUUUUUACCAGGCAUGGGCUUUUUCUUUUUCUACCUGCUGCUGUUUUCACUGGUUCGGCCUCCUUCAUAGCAUUAAGAGCAGCUUGUUGAGUUAUUUGAGCAGCUAUUCUUUGGGAAGAAGGUAACAAAAGCAAUUCCCAUUUUGCAUUCGACUCUUGAGUUAGAUUUCAGUGCAGUAGGGAGCACCCGACGUAGUGGCUUUUGCUAUCAUUUGGUAAUCUGGCAUUUGAAGCGUUGAGUUUGGGAAAUGUCUGAUAGCUUGAUUGGCAAAUUUAAGAAGGAUGUGUUUUAGGUCUUAGUUUUAAAACUCGAAAGCUUGACUCGACUAGAUGUCUAGCCGGGUCGGUUCAAGUCGAAGACUUGACUGAGUCUUUAUGUUUCAUAGUUUAAAGUUAUAUAGUUUUA